AUUUUAUAUUAUAAAAGAAACAGUAUGAAAAUCAUUACAAAACAAGAUGUGCUCUGCUGCGUCCCAGAAGUAUGUAAGUCCGCAACAUACAACACUAAGUCCUCAAAACAUGUACGUUGGAGGCAACGGAUUCACUCGUAAUUACAACAUGUCACCAUCUACCAAGCAAACUCAUGUAUCUCCCAUAUCAAUACAAAUGAUAGUUCUAAUUUUUUCGGUUUUAUUGUGUAUAUUCAGUUGUCUAUUGACUGUUACAUUGUCCUACAAAUGGCACAUCGACACUAAUCAACAAAUCAAUCGACUUGUGGGUACAGUUGAGGAUGCAAUACACGAUUUAAAUACCUUCACUGACAUAGUUAGAAAUGAACUUGUGGCAAAACAUGUAAGUAAUACAUACAAAGAUCAACACAAAGUUAAAACUGAUGGAAACGACUAUGAAGAUUUAGAAGAAGACUAUAAUGAAGGAGAAGAUCGAUUUAUGGGCAGAGACUUAGUGGACAACAAUUGGCCAGCAAAGACAUAUCAAGCAAACGAAUCAUACAAACCAAAAAACCGUGAGCGACGCAACGCUGUGAUUGAUGCAAAAAAUAUAGUGAAAAAUGAAUUAAAUAGCUCAAAAAAUGAAAAGCCUGAUGUAGAAAUAAUUCAAGAAGAAAAUACAGUGAAGACCUAUAGUCGAAGAAAGUCUAAAAAAAUGGGAAUGUUAAAAAAAAAAGUAUCUGUGGAAUCAGAAGAUGAAGAAUCAUAUGAAGAUUUUAAAGAAACUCGAGAAACUGCAGCAGCACAUUUUACAAGCGAUUCAUCAAAAUACAGUACCAAAACACAUCCACAUUACAAUGGAAAUGGACGUUUAAGACACCCGGAUGGCGAUUUUAGAGACUGGAACCAACAUAUAUGGGAAGUACCUCUAAACAGCGCAAAUCAUCUCACAAUGAAUAAUGGCAAAGUUGAAAUAUUGAAACCAGGACUUUAUUUUGUUUAUGCUCAAAUAUAUUAUUCAGAUAAACAUGAUAUUAAUGGAUAUUAUGUUAUGAAAAAUGAAGAAAAAGUACUUGGUUGUACUUCAACUCGCCAUCAAGAUACCCAAUCAUCAGAUUCAUGUUAUACAGGAGGUCUAAUAUAUUUCAAUGCUAAUGAUAACUUAUCCAUAAGAGGUUUAGAUAGUGAAAGAUUUAUAAUUUUGGAUCCUGUCAAGAGUUUUUUUGGACUCUUUAGAAUUUCAAGAGAUGGUAAAAGAUAGAUAAACAUGUAUAUUUUUGUUAAUCAACGAUCAUAUAAUUUAUUUAAUAAUAAUAAUAAUAAUACAAACAGUGUAAAAAAAUACUAUUUAAAAAUAUAAUAUAAACAUAAUUUGGUUCAGUCAUAUGAUUGGACGGAUUGGUUGUAUUACAUUAUUAUUUAUUACAAUACGCAUAUAAAAAUUAUUAUUUCUAAUGGACUAACAUAAAAUUUUAAAAAAAAUAUCUAU